AUGUCGACUAAUUUAUUAGUUUCUGCUUCAACGACUGUUAAAAUUUGGGAUAUCACGGCAAUCACGAGAAGUACUAAAGCUAAUGGAAGUACUAACUCGAGUGUGCCAGAACAGUUGUUUGGAGUUGAAUUGACUUCUUUCAAACCCGAGGGUACCUCGGAAACGAUCAAUGCGGCUCGUUGGAGUCACGACAACCAGCACUUGGCCGUGGCAGGAAGCGAGGGAGCUCUUACAAUACAUAAUCCGCAAGGGAAGCUACUUGAAUCCAUAACACCAAGCGUGGAUGGAUUGAAGACCCCAAGUAUAAAUUCCGUGCGUUUCGCGAAUAAAUCAAGAUAUGUGUUGUUCGGAGGUUCAGAUAAAGUUGUGAAUAUCUGGGACCGUGAAAACUCAACAUUUACAGACCCACUGAAGGGACAUCGCAGUGAUAUCACGUGCAUAGAUUUGAACGUUGAUGAAGCCAUUGUGGCUAGUUCUAGUUCAAGUGGACACAUUCUCGUGCAUAACCGAUUGAAGUCUAAUACGUGUGAUAACCUGACCGUGUUGACGAAACAACCAAUAAAUGUCUUGGAAUAUUCUUUUUUUAAACGGGGACUGUUAGCCGCCGGUGGGGAUGACGGGUCGUUGCGAUUAUGGGACACUAGUGUUUCUACAACAGCGUUACAAACAUUUGAAAACGUGCAUCAUUUUGCAAUCAGGGGGAUAGCAUUUUCACCCUUUAAUUCACAUUUGAUGUGUAGCGCUGGUUUAGACAAUCAUAUCGUUCUUUAUGAUGUUGGCAAAAAAUCAACCCUGAAAACAAUUUACACGGAAACGCACCUGACAGCAUUAGGUUUCAAGACCGACGGAGUAACAAUAGUUGCCGGCACGCAGAAUGGCAGGAUAUUAGUAUACGACCUGCGAUCUACAAGCAAACCAAUGUGUACUUUAUAUGGACACGAAUCAUUCCCGAUCAAAUGUUUACACUUUCAGGAGAAGGAACGCUCUACGGAAAGGCGUUCAACCUUAGGUAGAAAAUUGAGACCUAGUCGGCCACCAUCUAAGGGAUCGAUUUCUCCUUCUUCUUUUGUUACGCCAACUAAAAGUACACUUCCCCCAUCAACCCCGAAUGAGUCAAAAGAUAAAAAUAUUAUGGAUGUGUUUUCACCAGUAAAAGACACUACUACAGAAGAGACUCAUGGAAAUGCUAAACCUAGAGAACCUGUAAUUAAGGAAAAACAAAAAUUGACACAAAAUAAUGGAGUGCCAAAGGAAAUCACAAAAAUUAGUACAAUGGACUUAAAGUUAAAUGACGAAGUUACGCAGGAUGAAGCUAAAAGAGACAAUGGUUUUUUAAAUGAUGUAUUGGUUACUGGAACAAUGGAUGAUCUGAGGACAAAAAUUGUUUCCAAGGUUAAAGAAACAAUAGAUGGUACCCGAGGAAUGUCUGUAAAUGGCAGUGAUCCAGUCCUACCAAAUAUUGCUAACUCAAGAAAGCGCGUUUCAUUUAUUGAUAACGAAAUGAUGUCCGAAAUUCAAGAAUUAACAACUGAGAAGCCAUCGGUAAUGCCUCAAUUGAACGGUAGUAAUGGAGCUCAUGACGCGACUAUCCUGAGGGAAAUAAUUUUGCCUUCUGAGGAAGCUAAUGUCACUCUGCAACCUCCUUCGCCGAAAAUUCCCAAAGGAAUAGAUAGAUCAACUUCACCUGAAGUUAUAGUACCUACUCUUGAUCCCACAGUUGACGGAGAUGGUGUCUUAAUUCCUGUCGAAAAUAACAGCAAUACAGGAUCUGCGACGAAUUUUCAGCUUCAAGUUAUCGGAAAUGUGGUUGACGAAUGUUUACAAGAAUUUCGAAUAUCUUUACGAAAUGAUAUACAAAACAUGCAUUUGGAAUUGUUGCGCCAAUUUCAUAUACAAAAGGAAGAAAUGGAGCUAAUGUUUCUAAAAUAUUGCGGUGAAACUAUGUCAUUGCGCGAAGAGGUUGAAAGGCUUCGGGAAGAAAAUCAAAGGUUAAAGAUGAAGUUCUAA